AUCAUUUCGAUUGAAACUAAUUCAAGAUGGCCGCUAAACUGUUCGUUCUGAUUUGCUCCUCAGCAUGGUUGGUUCAGACCAUUUCUGCCCAAAGCAUCGGUGCAGUGAACUGCUUAGCUGCUGAAGAACUGGCCUUAGCAGGCAACGCUUUAGCCUAUGGUGCAGGAAGACCAGUAGGCCUAGCCUACGCAGGACCCAACGCUUAUGGACUGGCAGGCAAUGGCUUUGUACCAAGCAACGGUGGUGGAUUCGCAGUGAGCAGCUUCUCUCCCAUUACUCCAACUGGCAUCACAGUCAUCUCGGAGAACGCUAUCGAAGGUGCUUUAGCCGUGAACGGUGAGCUGCCGUUCUUAGGAGCCGUGGCUGUAGAGGGAGCCUUGCCAAGCGCUGGAGCUGGUGGUAUUAACUACGGCUGUGGUAGCGGCGCUGUUGGUAUCGUGAGCGAGGGAGUCGCUCCCGUCGCUCCCGCCGGUCCAUACGGUGUCGCUCCUGGCGGUAGAGUCUAUGGACCUUCUCUGCCUGGUUACGGUCCUGGCUUACCUAGAGCCGGUCCUGGUUGCGCAGGAGUAUUUUAGUUGUAACUCGCUUUAAUAUUGUUGUUUGUUUUAAUUAUAUUGAAGUUAAUUAUUUGA